AUGACACAUUAUCCUCAUCAAGAUCUUCGUCUCCCACAUAUUCAUUCCUUUUCAAUAUCAAAACAAAAAGCCUCAUCUCGUCAUGAUCGAUUUUUUCGUUUACCAACAACUAUUGCUCAAAAUGAUCCAGUUUUACGACCUCUUUAUAGUGUCAUAUCUCUAGUUCUCGAUGAUCAUCCAUAUCCGUCAACACGAGAAGAAUUUCAUCGUCGUACAUAUGAAAUUCAACAAAAUGUUCGAGACUUAAAUCUUUCUCCAGUUAAACAGAAAUUUCUUCAUCGUCUUAUAACUGAAACUAGUGUUACUUUAGUCGAUCUAUGGCAAGGUUCUCAUGUCGUUACACUCGAUCAUGGUCAUUUAUAUAAUACAUGGUCGCAAUCAUCAUCAGCUCAUCCACGUUUUUCGUCUCAUUAUCGCGACGUGCCUUUACAACAAUAUGGCAUUAAUUUUCGAGAUCAUCAAUUACUAUUUGGAAAAACUUCAUUACGUGGUUCGACAUGGUUUCAAAUGGAAGCACAUGGGUUUGAUGCAAAUGACAUUUUUGAUGAUCCAGAUUUAAUUAUUAAUCAUGGACAAGAUUUUUUAAAAUAUCGUGUUCAUCAAAUGAAUGUUGGUCCAUUUGGUUUUUCACCUCAUACAGAAAUGAAGAAUCCAAUAAUACGUCCUUAUGAACCAUUACAUACUAAAAGAAAACGAAAGCAUAAACGUUUUCUAACUGAUUAA